AAGUAAAAAAGCAAAAUGGCGUCGCCUACUGCCAAUUUUGUGAUAGAUCCAAAUCAAAAUAAAGCAAAUUGUCAUGUCACAGAGAUUUUUAAUGAAUCUCUUGGCAAUUUUGUGAAUUCCUUUAAUCAAAAUCAUUCAAAUGCAUUUGUUAAUAAUUGCAGAAACGUCCUCGAUCAUCAUCAUCAACAACAACAACAACAGGGUCAACAAUCUUCUGUUGGCAUUGAACAACAACUAAAUAGAAGUACUACAAGUAGUGCAAGCGACCCACAAAUAAUUUUGUCGUCGCCAGCGUCGACAUCGACAACGAUAUCGCAAUCGACAGGAACUGGGACAGCGACUUCGACAUCGACGACGUCCACUUUGUCUCCUACGAACAACAACAGCAGCACCAGUAGCAGCAGCAUCAUCGUCGACAGUGACCUCAAAAAAAGUGUUUUCUCUGCCUCGACAAGUUCCCGCGAGCUAAAUAACAAUAAUAUAAAUUUUGAUAAUUUAAAAAAUAGCACAACAAAAAGUGUAGCAAGUUGUGGAAGAAGUGGUGAGGGAAGUGAACUGGUGACAUUGAGCUUUCAACAGGUGGAGGAGCCCAUAAGCAAAGGCAACUUCACAAGUCACCCCAAUUUAAACCCCAAUCCAAACCCAACCCAGCUUGCUGGUGGGCAAAUAACAAAUUCCUCAGCUGAGAAUACGCAACAAACAAUUCAGCGGAAUAUGCCAAAGAGCAAUGAACCGAUUAAGAUAGCUUUCUCAGCAUCGCAUCAGCAGCAGCAACAACAGCAGCAACAGGCCCAACAGCCCCAGCAGCACCAACAGCAGCAGCAGCAACACCAACAGCAACAGCACACCACUCAAUAUCAGCUCUCGAAUAAUAGCUUCAUCAGAACUACCAAGAUACCAACCAGCAGCAUGAACUCGAGCAACCAGGCGGCUGGCGGGAAUCGGAUCACCUUUACCAGUCAGUCGCUACCCAACGGCACAAUCAAUAUCGCCUCGCAGAGCCAGGCCGCCUCCAUCCUGCAAGCCGUGUCCACGGCCCAGCUACCCAACACCACAACCAUCAAGACGAUAACAUCGGCUGCCGGCCUGCCGCAACACCACCAACAGCAGCAGCAGCAACACCAACAACAGCAGCAGCAACAGCAGCAGCAGAACUCCCAAACAGUAGGUGCUACCCAAACUUUGGUAAUUAAAAAUCACGCAGUCUCCCUGCCGGCGGGCUUAGUCUCUAGUGCACCAGGAAUCGUAACUAUGACCAAAACUAUCAAUCAGGGUAAUCAACAGAAUAUUUUAGGAACUUCAAUGAUUCCAGCUAGUGUAGUUGUAGGAAUGCGCCCGCAGGGACAGAAUCAACAUAAAAACGUUGGAACCGGAACACUUGGCCGAAUGGUUAUUGGCGGACAGCACAUGGUGGGGACAAGACCAUCUAGUCCAGCGAUAACGUUAAGUACUUUAACACCAGGCCAAACUGGACCAGCCUUAAUAUUAAAAACGGAAAAUGGAUUCCAAUUGCUGCGCGUCGGAACGGCCCCAUCGAAUCCAGUAAAUCAAACAAUGGGAGCUAACUCAUCAAAUCCCACAAUUCGCUUGCAAACAGUUCCAGCUGCUGUAAGUAGAUUUACAGGGCCACCUUUAGCACUACGUAAAACGAUUGUAAGGUCCUCAGCACAGCAUCAGAAACAGAAACAAAAUUCUAUGGCAGCGACAUCGUCAAACAAUAUUAUUGUUAAUUCGGUUUCUGGCUCAAAUGCAUCUCAGUGUUAUACCAGCCAAGCGAAUAUCUCAUUGCAACAGCAUCAAACAUCCACAGCGUCUGUGGCUCCUGUGACUGCCAUUCAACACCACCAAAUCCAACAACAACAACAACAUCAUCAGCAACAGCAACAACAACAGCAGCAACAAACAACGCAACAGCAAAUAACACAAAUCGUUCAACAACAACAACAACAUCAACAACAACAACAGCAGCAACAACAACAACAGCAACAACAACAGCAGCAGCAACAACAACAACAGACUACAAUAAUCAACAACGUGUCGAACAACCAAGUGACCACGACUACCACACAAAAUACGGUUGCUCAGGGAAAUACCAAAGAGAAAUGUCGAAAGUUUUUAGCUAAUUUGAUAGAAUUAUCAACCAGAGAACCCAAACCUGUGGAGAAGAACGUGCGAACUCUUAUCCAGGAACUGGUCGACGCGAAUGUUGAACCAGAGGAGUUCUGUGAUAGGCUUGAGCGUUUAUUAAAUGCAAGUCCUCAACCUUGUUUAAUUGGAUUUCUUAAGAAAAGCCUACCGCUUCUGCGGCAGUCUCUGUUUACGAAAGAACUCGUUAUCGAAGGAAUUAAACCACCACCGCAACAUGUUGUUGGUAUGAUUGGAUCCACAACGCUAACGCAUCAAUUACCUAAAAUUCAAGCGCAGAUCCGUCCCAUAAGCCAACAAACGACAACCAUCGGUCAGACUCAGGUGAGGAUGAUAUCGCCGGCUGCAGCGAGACCCGUUGGACAUACGACAAUAACAAAGCAACAAACCGGAGGUGUACGCAUCCAAGGACCACUCCAAACCAGUGGCCCACGGUUGGUGAAUGCUCAAAUACGCCAAGUCAAUGCAAGUAAUUCAACUACAAUGCAAGCUAAUCCACCUCAAAUGCAGCCUGUCUCACAGCCGAAUAUUGUUCAAAUAAGAACGCCGACAGCGCAUGUAAAUCGUUCACCAGCUACCGUUCAAAUCCGCACAUCGGCACCAGUUUCGAAAACGAAAAACGCCGGAGGCGUAACGCACGUAAAGGUGGGCCAGACGCAAAUCAAGGCGAUUGGAACACCCCAAGUUCUGCACCAACAGCAAACAGCACCGACCCUCACGUCAAAUGCAAAUAUCACUACCACACCAAUGUCCCAAACCAACAGUCUAACAGCAUCAUCAUCAAUAGGAAGUGGUGGUUCGAACGCCUCCACCGCCACCACCGGAGUAUCAUUAUUAACGUCAACGAAUUCCAAUUUAUCAUCAACAUCCAUCUCGACACCUACUGCCGCCGCGAUUGCUGCUCCUGCACUAACUAACUCUGCCCAGUCAUCGGCGUCGUCGUCGUCGAACAUGAAUUCCUUCAGUUCGGUGAGCAACAGUGGUGGUGGUGGCAACGUGGCCACCACCCCAAUGGUUAACUCAACAACAUCGGGCACAAUAGUGGCGAAUGCGACGACUAACAAAAUCGUCACCGUUAAGGCACAAGUAUCCCAAUCGAGCAGCAAGGCGUCGAGUAAAAAGAAGCAACAACAAGAAGAGAAAGCGGCCACGACAGCAUCGUCGUUUUUUCAACAACCCUCCAUAUCAAUGUCAUCGUCCAUGUAUGGAGAUGAUGAUAUCAAUGAUGUCGCUGCGAUGGGUGGUGUGAAUUUGGCCGAAGAGUCGCAACGAAUUCUGGGCUCGACGGAGAAUAUCGGCACACAAAUUCGAUCGUGCAAGGAUGAGGUGUUUCUGCAUUUGCCAGUGCUACAGAAUCGAAUUCGUGCAAUGGUUGCGGAACGGGGACUCGAAGAGCCAAACCAAGACGUGGCCGUGUUGAUUUCACAUGCGUGUCAAGAAAGGCUGAAAAAUAUCGUUGAAAAAUUAGCUGUGAUAGCGGAGCACAGGAUUGAUAUUAUCAAACUGGAUCCAAGGUAUGAAGUAACUAAAGAUGUACGAGGUCAAAUAAAGUUUCUCGAAGAACUGGACAAGGCUGAACAAAAACGACAUGAGGAACAAGAAAGGGAAAUGCUGCUGCGAGCAGCCAAAUCUCGAUCCAAAAUUGAGGAUCCUGAGCAAAUAAAGCUUAAACAAAAGGCUAAAGAAAUGCAAAAAGCCGAAAUGGAAGAGCUGCGGCAACGUGACGCGAAUAUGACAGCGUUACAAGCUAUCGGACCAAGAAAAAAACUGAAACUAGAUGGCGAUGUUACAACAACAGGGGCACAAUCGGGAAAUACAGGAACUGGAACAACUGGUAUAUCACCAGCUCCAUUAAGGCCGCGUAUUAAACGUGUCAAUCUACGAGAUAUGCUCUUUUUUAUGGAACAAGAACGUGAAACGUGUAGAAGUCAAACGCUAUAUAAAGCGUAUCUUAAGUGAUCUAUAGUUUACUUGUUAACAUCAUUUCCAAACACAAAAAUCUUAGUUGUUAUUUUUGCACGCAAUAUUUUUUGUAUCUUUAUAAUUUUUACAUACAAAGAUUAAUUUUAUUAUUUUUUUUUCUCCAUUCUGAUCCACACUCGAUUCCUCAAACCCUUGAUUCUUGUUUUUUUUUUUCUUUUCUGUAUCAAUCAAACCGAGAGAACGAAGAAAGAAAAGCUAUAUCAAUUUUAUAGAAGAAGAACUUGUUGUACAAGGCGCAAAUCGGUAUUUUCAUUUUCACGCUGUCCUGUUUUCUAAUGUAGAAAAAAAGAUGACUCCGAAAAAUAAGUAUAAAAACAAAGUAACUGGUCGUAUUCUUUCUAAAACGAAGUUCAUUCGCUGUAUUCCAUUAAAAAGUAAAAGUAAAACAAAAAAAAACAAGCAAUCAAACUCAGAUGCGCUUCUCUGAGCACAUAAACGCCUUCAAUUCUGUUGUAUAUAAACUUCAAGCCCAUGGGAUUAAUGUUUCCGUUUUGCAAACAAAUAUAUUUAAGUUUUUUUUCUUUUUGAUUUUUUUUUUUUGUAAUCUCUCCACCCAUGUGCUCCUUUCUUUUGGGUUUUCCUCUUUAUUUUUUACUUCAUCGCCCUAAGCUCUGAAUGUGUGUUAAAGAAACAAUUUGCGGAGUUUAUUUUUAUUAUUAUAAUAGUAAUGUAUGGCCUUAUAACAAAGUAUUUAAAUUAACUCUUAUUUAAUAAAAAAACAAAAUAAAUUUAAAAGAGUACGCAAAUGAUGUCUGAAUUAAAAGUGAAAACAAAAUGAGAAGAGUAAAUUUAAAAAUUUAAUUUUCUUCUGGGGAGGUUUAGUUCAUAUUUCGAAACAAGAGAAACAAAAAGUGUUUUUAUUUUUGUUUAUAAAUAAUUUCUUUAUCAAUACCAUGUAUAGACAUAAUAUUACUUUAUAGUGUUUCAAUGGUUUUAAACCAGAAAAUAAAAUUAAAUUAAAAUAAAAAACAUAAGAAAAGAAAAAAACCUUUAUACAUUAAAUACAUAUUAAUAUUAAAUUAAAUAUAUUAAAGCAAAUGUUAUUUUCUUAUUUCAUAAAUAUUAUAAUAUAAACGUAAAUACUAAAUACCAUACGAAUGAAUCAAAGAAAAACAAAAACAAACAAAAUAUCUAACAUUUGAAUGUGGCUACUGCCGAUUUAAAAUAAAUAAAAUAAAAUGGAUAACAAAAAGGGAGUUGAAAACACACCCGACAAAAACAAAAAAACACAUUAAACUUAUUCUGUAAAUUAUUUAAGAUAUCCAUAAAACCGGUUACACAACAUAAAAACGAUAAUAAAACAAAAACAAA